GCAACUUCAACAGUCGAUGAAGUCGUCAUCCAAGACAGGUGCAGUAUGCCACACUGAAAAUGACUGAUAGGAUCGUUUGCACUUAGUAUCUGAUCUGAUCUAAUCUGCCUUAUUGAUAACUGAGAUGACUUUCAGGUACAGAAACAUGGCACCAGAAGGCAACAAAUCUGAGGUCAUAAUUUCCUGUCACACAUCUGUUUCCUGUGUUGUACUGAGAAUAUUCCCUUACUUGAUAGGUGUUGUCAUCAUAUGUGGAAACUUCCUCAUAAUCAUGUCUGUCAUUUAUUUCAAACAGCUUCACACUCCUACUAACUAUCUCAUUCUCUCUCUGGCUGUGUCCGACUUACUUGUUGGUCUUUUAACCAUUCCUCUCAACACUAAAUUCAACAGGGAUUAUUGUCAGAUCCACGGUGGUUUGAUCUGUAUAGUGCAACAAUGCAUUGAAGUAACACUGUCCACGGCUUCUAUUCUGAAUUUAAUGUGUAUUUCUAUAGACAGAUACUACGCAGUGUGCAAACCUCUGGUAUAUAAAACUGCAAUCACUGUUAGUGUUGUUGUGUUCAUGAUCUUGUUGAGUUGGAGUAUUUCAUUUCUACUGUCUACUGGUUUUUUGAUUGCAGGAAUAAUUUAUGCAAAAUGUGGAACCAAAUGUUAUAUUUACAUUGUUAUUGUGAAUGUUUCAGGACCCAUUUUAACCUUUUACCUUCCUAUGAUCAUAGUGAUGUGUAUAUAUGCAAGUAUCUUCUUUGUAGCACAUAAACAGGCACGCAGCAUCCAAAACAGAACCUAUCACAGCAGGACGCCAGGAGCAACCGUCAGGAAGAUGGAGAGAAAGGCCACUAAAACUCUGGCUAUAGUUUUGAGCGCCUUCUUAGUCUGUUGUUGUCCUUUCUUUACAGUUUGGAUGAUUUCGUUUUCGAACAAGGUGUCAGUGUCAUUUGAAGUCAUCGACCCUCUUUCUUUGUUUGUCCUGUCAAAUUCAAUGCUCAACCCUUUCAUUUAUGCUUUAUUUUACAGCUGGUACAGGUCCGCUUUUAAAAUAGUUAUAUCCGGAAAAAUAUGUUUACGCGAUUUCUCAAACACCAGACUUGAAUAAUAUGCUCGAUAUGGGUAAGCCGCACGUUUGAGUUUGAGUUCAUUCAGAAUGUUUAUCAUGGUUCCUCUUCUUUGUACUUUGUAAACACUACGUUUGAAGAGUUUUUUUUGAAGUGGAUGACAUUACUGCAUUGUUUGAUUGCUUUGCUUAAUUUAAUUCCACAUACAGAUAUACUGAAGGUCUUAAGUGUUGUACAUGCAAACAAAUGUUUUAAAUUACAUUUUUCUGUAAGAUUAUAUUUCUCCUCUUUUGCUGAGAAAAACUCUUGUAUAUUUUUGGGGAAGCAGGUUAUAGUUUGCUUUGUGUAUAAUUUUAGCUGUUUGCAAAAUUCACUAUGU